UCCACUGUAUUUUGUUCUGGUGCAAUAUUUUCACAAUGACAAGAGAAAUACAGCGAUUUCCUUGUUUAUUUCUUCUGAAGUGAAACAGUGUAACCAGUCAUCAUGUGAAAUUUGAUCAAAGGGUAUCAUUUUAAAAAUUACAUCUUGUCUGAUGUUGAGUUGGUGUCCAGAGUCAUGCUAGGAGAGCUGUUUAGGAGAGAUCAGUCUUGACACACCACAGAGCCACCAUGUUGUAUGUCUUCCAUGUAGACACCGGCACCAUGCUCACCUUUGAUAUGAACUUAGCCAUGGAGAGUGUUGCCACUCUUCAGGGGGUGAUAGCCAGGGCGUGUCAUAUUACCGAGGACAAACAGGUGUUGCUGAUCAGUGGUGGAGAGAGUCUGGACCCUUCAGCCAGAGUUGGAAAAUACCAUGCAGGGACUGACACCAAUCCAAUAUUCCUGUUCAGCAAGAGUACAAUAGAGGCCAUGACACCACCUUCUCCUAGUGUUCAUUAUGGAUCAGAUGUGGACAUCCACAGUCAGGUGGAAGGAUCACUACUGCUGCCCCCAGCGUACGCUACCGUCGUCUCUCGGGCACAACUAGCUUUGCAAAUCCAUGAUGUAGAUAAGGAGGAAAUGAAGGCCUGUGAGAAGUUAGUCCAUGACCAACAUCUCCAGCAGCAGGGCUGGGCUGCUGUGGUGGCUAAUCUGGAGGACAUAACAAGUGCACUUCACCAGAGAUCCGAGAUAUUCAUGACAGCCUACCAGGAGUACUUGGUACAGCGGGAAGACUACAGAGAAACUCUCUCAAGAGUGGUCAGUUCGCUACAGCUGUUGAGUAAGAUCCCAGUACUGCCGGUGUUGUUGAGUGAAGUGUCCUUCCUGUCGGAGGAUGCCAUGGGCCUGAUUGGGUCUGAUGAGGACAACAACGGUAGUCUGUAUGACUGGAUUAGUUCUCAGGAUCCGCAGCACAACCUAAACGACAUGGUGGACCAGUGUAUGAAGGCCACCGAGCAGCUAGACCCACGUAUACAGGAGUCUCUGACCAGUGAGGUCCAGAGCACGCUGAAACAGGUGGACAACUUAAGUAUGAAGGAAGUGAAGGGGCUAGAGGAUCGUCUGUAUGGGCUCGACCAGAUGAUGUCUGUAGCACGGCGCCUGGUCCAGGAACAGUCCGACAUGGCACAGGGUUUUAUUCAGAAUCAGAACCGAGUCAGUAAUCUACGAGAUAAGUCGAUCCUGCCCGACCUCUGCUCCAGUCACAAGAAACAGCUGCUGGUCAUGGUCAACAACCACAAAAUGCUCCGGGACAAGAAAAAGAAAUGUAAAAUGGCAAAAGAGGAACUGGCUGUGAAUCUACACACACGACUAAGGUGGGUGAUGUGGGUUGAGAAAAUGAUCUGUGAUGUGGACGGAAAGCUCAUGAUUUACCACGAGAACCUCAAGCGACUGAGGAAACGUCUGGACAUUCUGCGUCAGAUCUACGAGGCCCCGCGAGUGUAUGCCCAGCUGGUGGUGGAAGUGGUUCGCAGGAAGAAGUUUGCCUCUUUCUUCACUAAGUGGGCAGUAACGGUUGCUGAUGACUACAACUCGGUUCAUUCGGAAGAAGUGAAACGCAGGCAGACUUUUCAAAGUGAAGUUGGUCAUCACUUCCUGCAGACGUUGUUCCAGGGUCUAGAAGAUGUGCCUGUCACUGUCAUAAGUAAAACACCGUCAGAUUUUGACAAGAACUUACCAAACAUCACAUCUGAUGAUAUCACCAUGUUGAAAGAGGCAGUACCAGAGUUGGCAGAGGAGCUGAAGCUACCAUUUGAGGCUGCUCUACCAGUGGGAACCACAGACAUUACAAAGAGCAAGUUUCCUCAGCUAUUUAAACAUAACUCUAUAGUCACUUCAGAGAUUGAGAUCAUCCAUAGUUUGGACGAUCAGUACUUGACUUGUGACCGAGACAGUGUUUCGCUCGGCGAACAGGUGGCCAAUUCUGAACUGGACACAAACCUUGUGAUAAAAAGUGAAAAUGACACUGACCAACUAAAACCAGAGCUAUUGAUGCCCAGAAGUCUUUCAGAGGACCUUACCCAACAAAUGAAAGGGGAGGUGAGUGAUGAUUCUAAUGAAGGAAAAGAGGCGAGUAGAGGCGCCGCUGUGGCUAGUGUAAGAUCGCCAACAGUCAAACGGGAACAGGUGACGCUCAAAACAUCGGGGGAGGCUUCAGGAGCCUCUACCUCAUCUGGGGAGCAAAUCAAGUCAACUGAGAGUGAUUCAUCUGGUCAGGAUAAUGCUCAACACAGUGGUGAGGAGAAAAGUUGUGAGAGUGCCGGGCGAAAGAUAAUGUCCCGUCGGAAGGUUGGGGCGGAAUUAUCACCCGACAUGGAAACAUCCCAGGAGUUUACUACAGCAGAUUUCUACAUUGAGGAUUCAAUGCCUUCUUCCAUAGCGGACUCGCCACCAACAUGUUCUAAACCGGGUACAGUAAAACCUAGUGCCGAAAAACUCUCAGAGAACAAAGCAGCAUAUCUAGAGAAGCUAGAGAAGGAAAAUAUAGAGUUUAAGGCUAGGAAUAGUGUUGUGUCUUCUAAACUUAAAACUUUUCAGGAAUAUGUAAAUAUACACUUGCCAGAGAUGAAAUCAUCUUUAAGUGGGUUCCAAACAACCUAUGUAAGUAGUCAAAUGCAAUUUCAAGAUGAGUUUGAAUCUAAUAAGAAAAAAAUUCUAGAAACUCUACAACAGUUUGAUGCACACAGAAGUGAAGAGGAAAGAAUCAACAUAGAGAAACAUUUUGCUGAUUCUGAGAAAAUCAGAAAUGAUUUGGAGGAAAAACUGAAACAAUCGAACAUACAAAUAUCGGCACAAAAAGAGGAAGUGGAAAAUCUACAGAGAGAUCUUGUUAUCGCAAAGGAGGAUGUGACUUUAGUGAGAAAAACAUCGGAAGAGAAAGUGUCAGAUUUAUCGUUGCAACUGUCAGAAAUGUGUAAAGUAUCGGAAAGUGAGAAAAGUAGAAUAGCUGACCUAGAAAGACAGACAGAAUCACUGAAACAACAAUCAAACGAGAUGGAAGACAGAGCAAAGGAAACAAAAGAAAAACUAGAAAAUGAUUUAAGUAAGGCAAAAGAAAAUUAUGAUGUAGAAGUCUCUGAACUAACAAAGCGGCACUCUUUAGAAAUGGAAGUAGAGUUAGACAAACUCCGGGCCGAAAUGCAGCUACAGAUCGAUGAACUGGAAAAGAUUGUGUCUGAAAAAGAAAAGUUAUUGAAGGAAAUGGAGGGCAAUCUAAAAAAGGCAGAGAAAGAAAACAUUCUGUUAGAAGAGAAAAUGAUGGAGAAAUUCCAAACUGAGAAAGAUGGCAUCACUAAAAUAAUGGAGGAAGAUUUUGAGCAGAGGAUGGACAAGAAGAUUGAGGAAGAGAAGGAAGCAUUGUCUAAACAGUUUCAGCAGGAGAGAGAAACCCUUCUAGGGGAACACCAAAGUGGAAUAGAAAAUCUAUCGAAACAACUUGUGUCAGAAAAAGAGGAGGAAGUAGAGAAAAUAAGAAAAGAAUUGGAAGAAAAACAUGAGAAAAGUGAGACAAAUAUCAGGACUAUGUUAGAAAAAGAAAAAGAUGCUGAUUUAGAGAAACAAAAAUCUGUGCUGACAGAGGACUAUCAGAAAGAAAUGGGAACAGUUAGAGACGAGUUACUUCAGGAGAAGGCAACUCUGUUACUGGAACUGAAGGCCUUCCGUGACAAAGUGAUGGAACAGAAAGAGUCGCAGACUGAGGUGAAGGAAAGUAAACCCCUCUCUGUACAAACGGAGCCAGCUCAAGUGACAGGGAAGGAGACACAGACACCUGCACAGGAGGUAACACAGUCACAGUCACAGACAGACAAGACACAGCUCGCACAGCAACAGAUCCAGACGGAAGUAUUCGAGGGUACACACACAGAGUCCCAAACAGAAGCUAAGGAGGUAAAAACAGGUGUGUCACAGACAAAAACUGUCGUGCUAGCCCAGGGGGAGACGCAGACAGCUGUCAAGGAAUACCUACCAAAGGAGGCUCAGACCAAAAUACACAGCUAUGCCCAGGGGGAGGCUCAGACUGAUCUCAAAGCAAUGGAGCAGCAGACGGAUUCAUCUUCGGGGUUAAAACUUGUCGGAAAUGUCUUGAGCAGGGAGGAGCAUGAAGAUGCAGUCAGAGAAGUAGAGAAGCGUCUUAGAGAGCUGCAAGAUCAGGCUUUGGGCAAGGCCCUGACUAACAGCCAGGAGAAGACAGAGUUCGAGCUGAAUGCCCUCAAGGAGCAACACGAUCAGGAGAUUAGCAGUCUUAUAGCAAAAUUUGAGAAAGAUCGGGACGAUUCUGCAAGCUCCCUCAAAACCAGUUUGACUGCAGAAAAGCAGAUGAUGUUCAAUGAAGCAGUAAGCAAGGUCACUCAGGAGAAGGACAAAGUGAUUGAAAGUCUGCGUCAAGAACAGACAAAAACCCUCGAACAACAGCACAACUACAAAGACACAAUUGAGAAGCUAAAGGAGGAGAAGGCAAAACUGGAAGACAUGAAGACCAGGGCAAUGUCACAUUUGAAUGAUAAAGACAGAGAAUUUGCAGCGUGUAAGAGACAGAUGGAGAGUGAAGUGGCUUUGGUGCGCCAGCAGUUGACCGAGUACCAGACACAACUCCAGCCCGCAUCACACAUGCAGGUCUCAGCAUCACCCUCGGUCAUGAACAUCAGUACAACAGAAGACAAAGAGUCAAGAAUCUGUGAAUUGGAAGAAGCGAUGAAAUCCAAAGAGGAUGAAAUAACAAGCCUUCAGCAGAAACUGUCGGAGUUUUCCAUGACUGCAAGUACAAGAUCUGUUGUUCAAGAUAAAGUCUCUAUAACUAGCUGUACUGUUGGAGACCUGGUCCUGUUCUGUCUGGACGAGCGACAUGACCAGUAUGUCGUGUUCACCAUAGGGACCACUCUCCACUUCCUCCACACAGACUGUCUAGAUAAUCUCGGACUUCGUACAAACCCCGGUGAAACAAGGAAGUCGUGGGUUCUUGCUGAAAUAACAGAAAAAGAAUACUGCCAAGCCAAAAAGCCCAUGAACCGGUUUAAAGUGCCGGUAGGGACCAAGUUCUACAGGGUGAAGGCCAAACAAUGGACCAGGGAAGGACCACAGACAGGAGCAGUAGGUGGGGCCUCCAACCCUGCUAUCAAACCCUCAUCUUAACACCAUCGACAGUGUGUAGUACUUGAAACCCGAGUCUACCUUCCUUCUGACAUGAGUGGGAAGUGGCUGAAAUCUUAACUGUUGACUUUUAAUGAUGUUGGAAGUGAAAGAGGUCAUGAAAUUGCAUUAAGCCUAAUUUCUCAUCAUUCUCUUGACACUUUAUGGAAUGGAUGAGGAUCAGACGCUCUCCUAAUUAUACAAAGUGGAUGUAGCUAGGGCUUUUCUUAACAUCACAGGAAGUUAACGAGACCCAGCCAUUUCCUAACAUAAUGUUAAGUGGGCAAGGCCCAGUCCCCCUAACCGCAGAAAGUGGAUAAAGACUAGCCCUCUUACCUAACAUCACAGGAAGUGGGUGAGGCUCAGCUUCUCAAAACACCACAGGAAGUGGGUGAGGUCAAACACCUCUCCUUCCACCACAGGAAGUGGAUGAGGCCCAGCUUCUCCAAACACCACAGGAAGUGGGUGAGGCUCAGCUUCUCCAAACAUCACAGGAAGUGGGUGAGGUCAAACACCUCUUCCACCAAAGGAAGUGGGUGAGGCUCAGCUUCUCCUUCCACCACAGGAAGUGGGUGAGGCUCAGCUUCUCCAAACACCACAGGAAGUGGGUGAGGCUCAGCUUCUCAAAACACCACAGGAAGCGGGUGAGGUCAAACACCUCUCCUUCCACCACAGGAAGUGGGUGAGGCCCAGCUUCUCCAAACACACCAGGAGCGGGGGAGGUCAAACAUCUCUCCUACCACCGCAGGAAGUGGGUGAGACCCAGCUUCUCUAAACACCACAGGAAGCGGGGGAGAUCAAACACCUCUCCUUCCACCACAGGAAGUGGGUGAGGCCCAGCCUCUCCAAACACCACAGGAAGUGGAUGAGGCCAAACACUUCUCCUACCACCACAGGAAAUUGUUUAGGCCCGACCCUCUCCUAACACCACAGCAGUCCUACUCCGGUAACUUUUGAAAUAAAUAUGUGGAGUCCUCUACUCUUCUGCCUCCUGCCUAUCAUUACAGAAUGCUUCAUGUGUCACUCUCUGUGGGGCAUCCUUGCUAUGUCUCUCAUACACGGCUGGGGAUUAUAUACAAGUACAAUAAUGGCUUACGUAACCAGAGCAGCACUUGAGCCUUCACUUUUAAAUAUUUUUUUUGUAAAAUUUUAAAUGAGAUGUAAAACUUGUUGUGUUCUUGGAUACACUGUAAAUGUACUUAUUUAACUGAAUGCAGUUGGCUGUGUUGGUGGACUUCUGAAAUCCAUAGCAAUGAAAAGCUCACGACAAUGUCCAUAGGACAAUUACUAUGUUUACAGUGUUACCAAUGUGAUGGAGAUUAGGAAUGUAAGAGUUUAUUGUGUAGAUUGUGUUUUGAGUGUAAUUUACGUGCACUUGCACCAUUAACCCUUUCACCCCUAGGUAACUUAAGUAGACUCUACCAUACAUUGAUCUGGAUGAGUCCAUUAUGGUCUACAGUGGUGAAAGGGUUAAUCCAUCUUAUGUAUGUUUUAUUAGUAGUAAUUCUCAUCCUUCCUUUGAUAUAUGACUGGGUAUUCCAUAGCUGCCUUAAUUAUGUGACAGUUUCUUUUAUAUGAUGUGAUCAUUUCUCUAUACAUGGUCUUAAUAUUUUGUUUUUAUUUUAUGUGAUAUUUUCAGUACUUACUAUGGUUAUAUCAUUAUAAAACUUAUAUGGUUGUCCCUUCAUUAUAUAUAUCCUCUAUUUAUUCUACAACAAUUAUGAAACAAGUUAUUUCAACUUUAAUAAUCACUCUUGUUGGCCCAGAUGUAAGCACACGGGGGGGUCUUAAUGUGGGAGGAAACCAGAGUACCCAGAGAAAACCCACAUGGUCAGACAGGUGACGCUGUACCUUAUCAUGACCAAUGGGGAUUCGAACCCCGACCACCUUGGUGAAAGUCAAGUGCGUUAUCCCCUGCACCACCCGUCCACCCUUCAUUACCACACGGUUGGUUGGUUGGUUGGUUGGUUCACGGGUUUAUCGCCUACAUGACUCCAUCCAUGCGGGUUUCGUCUCACUGACGGAGGUCGGUGUUCUGUCGGCGUGAAUAGUGGUCAGUUUGAAAUCACUGCCUUAUAUAGACAGACCACCUUAUGUAAUGAUAUAACCUCCUGAUAUAAUGAAACUACCACCACAAUUAAUAAAAAUAGGUAAUGAAAUAACCUGACACAUAUUGACAGGGUCACAUAAUAUAAUUAACUGACCACCUUGUCAAACAGAAAUGAUCAUCUUAUAUAACAGAAUUGGCCACGUAAGGCAGCUAUGGCGUUCCAUAAGUGAGAGUUUGUAAUAAAACAACUGAAGCUUUUACAGUCAGAUUGAGUAAUGCAAGAUAAAUAAGAUUUUACUGUUUUCUCAUUGCUUCUGAUACUUGUAAUGUCAAAUAUCUCGGAAAGAACAAUUCUGAGAUUUUGCGUAUGAUGUGAGAAGUAAAAUUCAUUUAUCAUGUAGAUGAAUAUUCUUAGCUUCAAGUGACAGAGGACAAUCUCCUAAAUCAAGAUAAAAAACCCCAACUUUGUAAUUUGUAAUAUAUGCUUAAACAGUCUAUGAAUGUCAAUUUAAACAUGUGCUGCAAAAGUUUGUAAUUUUCUGAAAAAAGACUUGAAGCAGUUUUUUCCAGUUUGUUUCAAACUUUUAUAGUGAUUGUUUGAAGCGCAAUAUAGGUUUUUAUGUAACUUAUUAAUAAAGAUUGCUGAGCCAGCUGUGAUCUCUGUUAUUGUACGUACAGCACAUAUACACAUCAGUAUUGAGUGAGCCUGAUCCUUCUUGUAUUCUAUUUAUACAUUGUCUUUGUGCUACCAGCAUAGUACCGUAAUUACUAAUACACAAAUAACUUUAAUGUGAAUGGUUGAUCUGGUUACAUCCAGGAUCUGUUUGCACAAAGUUUGAUUAUAGCUAACCAGUGGUUAGGAAAAAUACAAAUAACCAUUAAGAAAAUUCAAAUAUACAUCAAGAAAAUUCAAAUUCAAAUAUAC